ACAUUCUUUUUUUUCCUCCUCAAAAAAUUUUUUUUUUUUUUUCAUUUAGAUAUUAAUCAUCUAACGUCAUUACCUUAAUUUUACCAUGGGUAAACAACAAUCGAAACCCUCCAAACCCUCCAAAAACAAUAAUUCCGCACCUUCCACACCAUCAACAAUAGAACAUCAAAAAGUUUAUAAGCCACAUAAUUAUUACGAUCCUUUGCCACCACCAAAUUCUAAGAUAUUUUAUUAUAAAGAAAACCGCAGAUAUCCAAAUUUAAAUAAUGUAAAUUAUUUAUACCCUGUUGAUGACAAUGAAAGUGAUAGAAUACAAGAUCAUCAUUAUAUUUAUCGUUAUAUUUGGGAUAAUAAUUUCUCUGCUCCCGUACAUGAUUUAUUAAAUUCACAUGGUUCACAAAUACUUGAUAUCGGAUGCGGACCCGCAACUUGGACAUUAGAGGUAGCUACAGAAUACCAAAGAUCAAGAUUUACGGGUAUUGAUAUUGCACCUACGUAUCCGAUUCAUACGAAGCCACAUAAUGUUGAAUUUCUUCAAGCAAAUAUAUUAAAUGGCUUACCAUAUGCAGAUAACACAUUUGAUUACGUUUUCUGCAGAUUUAUGAUUUUUGCCUUCACAUUAAAAGAUUGGGAAUUUGUAAUUAAAGAAAUCACUAGAGUUUGUAAAGUUGGCGGUUAUAUAGAAUUUAUGGAAAAAGAUAUUCAAUUUUGGAAUGAAGGAAACUUUACAAAGAAGGCAAGAUCAUGGUUCGCAGAAGAAUUAAGAACGAAAAAGAAUGUUGAAACAAUAAUUUCACCAAAAAUUCAACAAUUUAUUUCUGAAACGAAACAUUUUUCAGAAAUUAAUCACGCAGAAAGAUGUGUUCCAAUUGGUGAAUGGGGUGGUAAUAUAGGCAAAUUUUAUGAAUUUAUUUAUAAAUGGGGAGCAAAGAAUUUAAAAAAGGCGAUAAAAGACUGCGGUAAUUCUGAAACCGAUUGGGAUUUAAUUGUUGAUAAAUGUGUUAAAGAAUUAAGUGAGAAUAAUGGUUAUGAUAAAGUUCAUAGAAUUUGGGCCAAAAAAGAAGAAUUUCAACCUGAUAUGGAAAGUAAAGUAAUUGAAGAAAAAUAAAAUUUUUCUUUCUUUUCUUUACUUUUUCUUUCUUUUCUUCUUUCUCUUUUUUUAUUAAGGAAAAAUAAUUUCUUUUUUUUAAGUUUAUUAUUACUGCACAUAAUAAUUGUGUGGGUAAUUAAUUAAUUAUGCUUUAAAUAAUAAGAUGAAAUUUUUUAUGAAUAUUCCUUUAGCAGAAAG